AACUAAAACUAGAUAAAGACAAGUGUCUACAUAUAUCUAUAGACUAUAUAUAUAUAGACUCACACAUAUAUGAUAUACCAAUACAUAUAUAAUUGAUUAUUAUGAAGUUUGAUGCGAAACUAUGGAAAACUGUGUUUCUGAUGUCGAUCAUCAACAUUAUGUUAAGCGUUGUGAACGUUAUGCUCAAGAAGAUGCUUAAUGAAGGAAUUAACCGUAUGGUCGCCAACACUUACCGACUUGCCGCAGGAACUCUGUUCUUGACACCGUUUGCCAUUUUCUUGGAAAGACAUAACAGGCCAAAACUCACGGCUAGGAUCUUGUGUUCACUUUUCUUUAGCGCUCUAUUGGGGUUAAGUUUGGUGCAAUACUUCUUUCUCAUAGGACUACAAAGCACGUCUUCCACUUUCGCCUUAGCGUUUAGCAACAUGGUUCCCUCACUUACUUUUGCUUUGGCCCUCGUCUUUAGGCAAGAAACGCUGAACAUUAAGAGCAACGUAGGACGAGCCAAAGUGUUAGGCACAAUUAUAUGCAUUUGUGGAGCUUUGGUGCUUACGCUCUAUAAAGGAAUCGCAUUAACUCACCAAAACGCUCAAAUGCAAACACAAACAUUAAAUGGUUCAACCACUGCGGUAACGCAACAAUGGGCAAUGGGUUCGGCCAUGCUGUUCAUAUCAAUCUUAGUAUGUUCAUUAUGGUUCAUCGUUCAAGCUAAGAUAUGCCGGAUAUAUCCAUGCCAAUACACGAGCACCACUAUCCUCUCUUUUUUUGGUGUGAUCCAAUCUGCUUUGCUGAGUUUGAUCUCGGAGAGGAGCAUAUCCAUGUGGGUCGUUAAAGAGAAAUUUCAAGUUUUAGCUUUACUCUACUCGGGUAUUGUGGGAUCGGGAUUGUGUUACGUGGGAAUAUCGUGGUGUCUCGAACAAAGAGGUCCGGUUUUCACGUCUAGCUUCAUCCCUUUGAUUCAAGUCUUUGCUGCCAUUUUCAGCUGUUCUUUUCUUCAUGAACAAAUUUACUGCGGAAGUGUGAUAGGAUCAAUGGUCAUCAUCGUGGGACUUUAUAUACUUUUAUGGGGCAAAAGCAAGGAAAAUACUGCACCGAUAGCCAAACAAGCACUACAAAAUCUCGAUCUUGAAGGUUGUGGAACUGCUCCAAAGGAAUCUAAUACUACUGCCCAUCCAGUGUCUGGAAAAUAGUUACUUCAAUAUAUAUUUAAUUAUUAAUGAACUCUAAGAGUCAAGUAAAUGUAUAAUAAAAAGAUCAUAUCAUCAAAAAUGUAACACUAGGCUGUUAUACAGAAAUAAAAGCACAUGUUCAGA